UUUUCUAGUGUUGACUUGGAUACCAGAUCUGCUUUCUUGCUUUGUCUGCCGCCAUCUUCUUCUUGAUUCCUGUCCAAUGCAAUUGAGACCUUCGUUUGGUUUCUGCGACCUCAAAGGAGGGAUCUUUUGUUGUUAUUAUUAAUUUUCCUUUCCCUCUAAUUUUUGAUGCAUUGGGCGGCGUAGGAUCUUCUUGGUACUCCAGUUGAAUCGCGAUUUCUUUGCUACAUUGGAGGAAUUUGUAGUCUGCAUCCGACGUAAUUGAGAUUUUUGUUUGGGUUCUGCCACUUCAAAGGUUAUUGUCUGAAGCUUGACUUGCAAGCAUCAUGGGUUUCUCUGCAAAGUGGCUUAGAUCAUUAGUCGGCAUAAGGAAACAUGAAAAAAAUCAAUAUCUGGAAAAUGAUGAAAAUAAUAGUCUAUCUGCUAAUAAAUCUCAUGGCCGGAAGAAAAAUUCUGUGGCUGUUCAAGAAGCUGUGUUUGCUCCUGGUACAGGAGAUGUGAACAUCCAGUCAGAUUCACACUCUGCUUCUUCUCCUGCCACAUCAAAUAACAGACAAACUCAAGAAAAAACAAGAGAGGAAUGGGCUGCCACAAUCAUUCAAACUGCUUUUCGGGCGUUCCUGGCUAGAAGAGCUUUACGAGCUCUUAAAGGGCUGGUCAGAUUGCAAGCCCUUGUUAGGGGCCAUGCUGUGAGAAAACAAGCUGCAAUAACUCUGCGCUGCAUGCAAGCCCUUGUCAGAGUUCAGGCUCGUGUAAGAGCUAGGCGAGUUCGCAUGGCAUUAGAAAGUCAAUUGGGGCAUCAAAAGGAUCAGGAACAGGAGUCAGAUGAAUCUCAUGUGAGAGAAAUAGAAGAAGGCUGGUGUGACAGUGUUGGCUCUGUGGAGGAAAUUCAGGCAAAGUUGUUGAAGAGGCAAGAAGCUGCAGCCAAGCGUGAAAGAGCAAUGGCAUAUGCUCUCACUCAUCAGUGGCAAGCAGGUUUGAGGAAGCCAGCUGUCCCUGCAGGUUUUGAACCAGAUAAAAAUAAUUGGGGUUGGAAUUGGUUAGAGAGAUGGAUGGCUGUACGCCCGUGGGAGAAUAGGUUCCUUGAUAUUAAUCUUAAUGAUGGGGUUAAACUUAACGAAAAUGGAGCAGCUGAAGGAAAGACUGCAGCCAGCACAUCGAAGACUCUGCCCAAAGCAACUGGCCGGAAACCCAUUUCAAGUCUCCAAUCCAAUUCCCUAAACCACAAAACCAUUCCUUCAAUGUCCGAGGGAAGUGGUUCUUCAUCAACCAGAUCUGCCAGCUUGAUGACCUCUUCUGCCCUUCGUUCAGGUAGGCCAAAACAAAAAACACCUGAGGAGGCUUAUGGAGAAGCCACUUCCCGAGUUUCUGCAAUUGGUUCUAGAUCAUACAGCAAUCCAAAGGAGAGGACUUCUCAAAUGGAAUCACAGGCCAAGAGGCUGUCCUUACCGAACAGCGGCUUAGGAGUCAGAAAACAAGCUUCCCAUGAAGUCGCAACCAACCGGUCAGCGAAUCAGAAGCCCCUCAAGGAUAACACAAAAGUUUGAAAUGGAUGAUUAGUGGUGAAAUGAGAGUCCAAUUUGAGUUUUCUAUUUGUUGUUGUAGUAUCUAAUCCUAGGAUUUUGUUUCUGUGUAUCAAACAUUUUAUUGUACAUAUUUACAUGAGCUUGGUCGGGUAGUUCACGGUCUACGUAAUGUAUUACUCUGUCCGUAUACCCAACUUCGAACGGGGACUGAAGUCGAUCCACUACGACGAUACAAUCAGAUCGCCGUGUUGUACUACGCGUUAUGAUGUUUACUAUUCUUAAGUUUCAUGCACUCUUAAAUGUUUCCAUAUCCUUGUUUUUAAGCA